AUGUGCCCUCCUCUCCCCGACCCGGACGAGGUUUACCGCCUUCUUCAAGCGAUCGACGCCAUGGAGACUCCCACUGACGCACCGGACAUCUCCGCCGUCGACAUCAGGCUCCCGCCGUUUUGGACAGCGGACCCGCAGCUAUGGUUCCUGCAGGUGGAGUCCCAAUUCACCGCUCGUCGCCUUGCCGCUGAGCUAACAAAGUACCACCACGUGGUCGCUAGCCUCCCACCGGCGAUAGCGAGCGAAAUACGCGAUCUGCUGGUCGCUCCACCUGCAGAUAACGCGUACACAACGCUCAAACAGCUGCUCAUCAGCUGCCUCACGCCGUCGGAGCCUCAGCGACUGCAGCAGCUACUGCACGACACCGAGCUCGGGGACCGGACGCCCAGCCAAUUGUUGCGCCACAUGAGGCAGCUGUUGCAUACGGCCGGCGCAACCACCACCGAGGCCGACAGCAGACUGCUUCGCGAGCUGUUCCUACAACGACUUCCGGUCAACGUGCGCAUGGUCCUCGCCUCGGCUGCCGAAAACGCCUGUCCUCAAAUCGCCGCGCUCGCGGACUCGGUGCUGGCGGUCGCUCCGCCGUCCGUCGCGGCGCUACAGCCAGACAUUGUCGGCCGCGCGCCUACGACCGCACUGCAUGACAUCCGGGAGCAGAUAUCCCGCCUCGCCGAUACCGUCGCAGCGAUGCAGGCCCGCAGCACUCCCGAGGAGUGCCAGCGCCCAGCAGCGCAACAGAGAACCUGCUGGUAUCACAGAAAGCACGGCAACGCUGCUCGCAAAUGCAUUCCUCCUUGCGACUAUGCGGGAAACGGGAGCGGUCGGCACUGA